UUGCUAUUGAACUACCGGAUGAAAUUUUUAAUAUGCCACAAUUAAGGCAUAUCAAAAUUUCUCUAGCUUCCCUGCCUCCUGUUUUCUCUAUCCCAUUCCCUGAUAGUGAUAAACAUUUCGUUCUAGAAAACCUAGAGACACUUUUGAUGGUACAAGAUUUAGGAAUGACAAAACAUGUCCUCGAAAAAAUGCCGAAUGUAAAGAAGAUGGGAAUUCAUUAUAACACCAUUCUAUGGCAUGUUUAUGAUGUCCACCUCCAAAAACUUGAAACACUAAAGAUUGUCUUUGACUCGCCCACAAAUUCAACUUUCCUGCGGAGCAUCACUUCUGCUCCAAGGCUCAAAAAGAUAACUUUGGAGCGUGGUAGAAUUGGUUGGGAAGAUAUGACGAUUUUUGGUUCGUUGCCAAAUCUUGAAGCGUUGAAAUUGCACGAGUUUGCCUUCAUAGGCCCGGUGUGGGUACCAAUUGACGGGGAAUUUCCUAAACUAAAAUUCUUGCACAUUUGGGAGACAGAUUUGGAGCACUGGAGAGCUGAUAAAACCCAUUUUCCAAGCCUUGAGCACCUAAUCUUGUGGAAGUGCUCUAAACUGGUAGAGAUCCCACCUUGCAUUGGAGAAAUAGAUACACUUGAAAUAAUUGAGAUAGAUUACUCCAGUUUUUCUGUCAUGAAAUCUGCAAAGGAUAUACUUAAUGACCAACAGAACCAGGGAAAUGAAGGCCUUCAAUUUAUCUUCCGUCCAACAAAAGCAAGGAUUACUCCUUUAAAAUUUGGGUUGUGGCAAGAUGACUCAGGUGUAAUUCAUCGACCAAAAAGGAAACUCGAUAUGUUAAGGAGUCCAGUUCAAGCUUUACAAGAUUCCUUGUUAUCAGAGAGUUCGGCUCAAGCUUUUCGAGAUUCCUUGUCAUCAGAGAGUUCAGCUCAAGCUUUUCGAGAUUCCUUGUCAUCAGAGUGUCUGGCUGCUCAAGGUUAUCAAGGUUACUGGUUAUCAAAGCAAGGGGCCUCUCGAGCUAUUCAACUUGUCUCCUCAAAAAUGAUGAUGACUUUGAAGCGAUUGGUUGAACGACUGAGGAGACGAGGUCGAGAUUGAUGAGAAUAUUGCAUCAACCCAAGAAGCCUAGGUGGUCUAGCUCAGUCCAACAAACCCACAGAUCGAGCAAGACGUGUUAGAUCUCUGUGUCUCCGUUACAUCGAACUCCAAACUUGACGUUUAGAAUAUUGCAUCCUCAACACAGAAGCUCAAUUGGGAAAGUUGGCCCAGCCCGGUCUUACAACCCGUUUUAAUGCAGCAUAACAAUCUCUAGCUAUUUUGUUUUUGUCUCAUGGACACCUACAAUCCUUUUUAAUUCAGUAAGAAGUUAACAACACAGUCAUUUGCUCUUUUGGUUGAUCGCAGCCUUGUAUUGUGUCCACAGUUGAGGGUUGUAUUGUUUCUUUUAUUAAUGGAAAUCAGAGUCCUGGUAGUGUUGUCCUUGA